AUGCGUCUCAAUUACGUUCCCAAUCCACCAACGGACCUCUCCGCCGAAGACCAAGAGGUCCUGGAACGAGUCAAGGCCCGUCGAGGUGCCAUGGGCUUGAUUGCUCUGGACCUGACUCUGCUUCAUGCCCCCAAAGUUGCAGAUGGUUGGAACGCCCUCCUCGGCGCCAUACGCACCAAGAAUUCCCUCCCGGAGGAUAUACGCGAAAUUGCGAUUUGCCGUCCUGCCUUGAUCAAUCGCGCGUGGUACGAAUGGAAUGCCCAUUCCCCCAUCCUCCUCAAAUCUCCGGGCUUCUCUGAAGAGAAACUUGCUGUCGUUAAACAAUUGUAUCCCGCCUCUCAGGGUGCUCUCGAUAAUCGUCAAUGGGCAGUUCUAAGAUACGCCGAUGCCAUGACUCGAGAGGUGUCCGUCCCUCAAAGUCUGUUCGACGAGGUGAAAGGAGCAGGAUUCAGCGAUCAAGAAAUGGUCGAGCUUACCGCUACAAUUGCAAGCUAUAACAUGGUUAGCCGGUUCUUGGUUGCUUUGGACGUCGGAGAGGCAAACGAUAAAGCACCAGAAUGGGCAAAAUAG